AUGUUCAUAUGUGAUCAGAUUUUUAGAACGUACCCGAUUGCAAUUUUAGUACCUCGUCCAAAUAGUUUUCAACAUAUUUUGAAAGCGUUUCCGUCACCAAAAUUAAUUCACCUAAAAGCAAAUUCUACAGAUGAAUCACAAAUUCAUAGUAUAUGGUCAAUCGAAGGCGCUAAAAUGGAUGUAACAAAUCUAACAUUUCGUUUGGAUAUAUUUUACAAUGAUGAUAUUACACUGUCACGUUUCUUGUCAAUAAGUAUUCUUGUUAUACAACCAAUGCGUCGUAUUGAUACAAUAUUUUAUUUUAUUGUUCCAUUUUUUGUUGCCUUCGUUUCAAUAAUAAUGGGCCUUUUACUUGAUCCAAAAGUGAUUGUUAGUAUUCUUGAAAAACCAACAUCAGUUCUUGUUGGUUUUCUUGCUCAAUAUAGUAUGAUGCCAUUUUUAGCAAUGGCUAUUGGAAAAAUAUUUCGUUACACAACAUUAAAUAGUCUUGCGCUAUUUGUUAUUGGUUGUUGUCCAGGUGGUGGUGUUUCAAAUCAAUGGACAGUUAUAUUUGAGGGUGAUGUUAAUUUAUCUGCCACAAUGUCAUUUGUUUCGACUGCUUCAUCAUUUAUUAUGAUGCCACUCUACUUUUAUACAAUAGGAAAACUUUAUAUGGAUGAACUCUCAAUUCAUAUUCCAUUUUUGAGUCUCGUACGUUCAUUGGCUCUUGUUGUUAUACCAUAUAGUAUUGGCAUUGCUUUAAGUUCUUUUUUUCCAAAAUUACGUGUAUUCGUCACGAGUAUUAUGAAACCUAUGAUGGUAUGUCUCAUGCUAUUUUUUCUUAUAUUUUGUUUAAUUGUUAAUUGGUAUCUGUUUAAAAUGAUUGAUUUAUAUACGGCAUUAACUGCACCACUAUUACCAUUUUUGGGAUUUUUAUUUGGUGCUCUCUUUGCUUGGAUAUGUCGCAGGAGUUGGAAACAUGUAAAAACAAUUGGUAUUGAAGCUGGAAUACAAAAUACAGGUAUCGCAUUUAUGAUCCUAAUGCAUUCAUUUCCACAGCCAUACGCAACACAAACUGUUAUUGUACCUUUGAUUGUCGGUCUUCUAACAACAGCACUAUUUUGGGUAAUUUUUAUAAUACGAAAUCAAAUAAGAAAAUUUCGACAACGAAGACAAGUAGAACAAAAAUCAAAUACAAGCGAAAGAACAAUUAAUAAUGAUGACAAACCAUCAUUGAACAUCGAAGAAAACAAUAAGAAAGAAGUUGAUGCCGUUGAAAACAUGCAAAAAUUAUGA